GUUAGCGUGACGUUGUCAUUCACAUUGUGCAUUUAAAAUUUGAUGUUUACACUUUAAAUUGUUGAAGGAACUUUAUCAAAAUUGAGCCUCACGAUGGCGAUGGAGACGAUUUUGGGCGUAAAGGGCGCUGACUGUGUGAUGCUGGCUUGCGAUACGAUGCAAGCCAAGUCUGUUAUGUUCAUAAGAGACGAUCAGUCGAAAAUUCAUCGUCUGUCUGACUUUGCAAUGCUGGCUGCGAUUGGCGACGGCGGGGACACGCUGCAGUUUACCGACUACAUUUCGAAGCAUUUGCAACAAUAUAAAAUAGUUAAUGGCUAUCAUUUGAGUCCGAAUUCCGCGGCGCAUUUUACGCGAAAGAAUCUGGCCGAUUAUAUACGCACUAAUACCAGAUAUCAGGUGUCGAUGUUGCUGGCCGGUUACGAUGUACGCGAAGGACCCGCUCUGCAUUACAUCGACUCAUUGGGCGCCUCACAGGCCAUCAAUCAUGCUGGCCAUGGCCUGGGAAGCAUGUUCUGUGGCAGCAUCUUUCAGCGUUACUGGAAGCCCGAUCUCAACCCAAAAGAGACCUAUGAUAUACUGAAAAUGUGCGUGACCGAGGUGCAGAAGCGUUUGGUCAUCAAUUUGCGCAACUUCGAUGUGUUUGUUGUCGACAAAAAUGGAUCACGGCAACUGGAGUCCAUUAAUCCGGCAUGUCUCAAUGCCGAUGCUUUAUGUAUCUCCGUCUCAGUUACUGGCAACACAUAAUAUAUAGAAUACAUACUGGCAUUUAUUUAUAUCCGAUAAAAAGUGUGAUGAGGCGUUGA